AUGGGGCCCUCCAAGAAGGUUACUCUCUCCGUGCUCAGCAGGCAGCAGUCGGAAGGGGUUGGUGCGAGGGUCCGUAGAAGCAUUGGCAGACCUGAGUUAAAAAAUCUGGAUCCGUUUUUACUGUUUGAUGAAUUUAAAGGAGGCAGACCAGGCGGAUUUCCUGAUCACCCACAUCGAGGUUUUGAAACAGUAUCUUACCUCCUGGAAGGGGGCAGCAUGGCCCAUGAAGACUUCUGUGGACACGUUGGUAAAAUGAACCCAGGAGACCUGCAGUGGAUGACUGCAGGCCGGGGCAUCCUGCACGCCGAGAUGCCUUGCUCAGAGGAGCCAGCCCAUGGCCUACAACUGUGGGUUAAUUUGAGGAGCUCAGAGAAGAUGGUGGAACCUCAGUACCAGGAACUGAAAAGUGAAGAGAUUCCCAAACCCAGUAAAGAUGGUGUGACAAUUGCUGUCAUUUCUGGAGAAGCCAUGGGAAUAAAGUCCAAGGUUUACACUCGCACACCAACCUUAUAUUUGGACUUCAAAUUGGACCCUGGAGCAAAACAUUCCCAGCCUAUUCCUAAAGGGUGGACAAGCUUCAUUUAUACCAUAUCAGGAGAUGUUCAUAUUGGGCCUGACGAUGCACAACAGAAAAUAGAACCUCAUCACACAGCAGUGCUCGGGGAAGGUGACAGUGUUCAGGUAGAGAACAAGGAUCCCAAGAGGAGCCAUUUUGUCUUAAUUGCUGGGGAGCCAUUAAGAGAACCAGUUGUCCAACAUGGUCCAUUUGUGAUGAACACCAAUGAAGAGAUUUCUCAGGCCAUUCUUGAUUUCAGAAAUGCAAAAAAUGGGUUUGAAAGGGCCAAAACCUGGAAAUCAAAGAUUGGAAACUAG